CCGUAGGACUGGUCGCAUUCUUUUUCUGUGGCACAAUUAUAUUGACCAGUAUGUAUUUUGCGGAAAUGAAAAAGAGGGAAGUACUCCAAAUGGGAAUAGAGAUGAUUCGGAGUUUUAUCAUAGGGCUCGAUUCAUACUAUGAAGACAAGGAUGAUUUCCAAAUUCUUGGUGCAGCUCAAAACUUGUCAGAGAAGAUGAAAGACUUCGCCGACUUAAAUGAUGAAAUUAAACGUGUGAAUGAAGUCAUUACUGAAAACUUGAAAUCUGGCUGGAUGCUAUAUAACAGGAACCUCUAUUUCGUUACUCGGGAAAGAAGCUCAUGGUGGGAUUCCAAAAAGGGAUGUGAGAAAGAAGGCUCCGACCUUGUUUCUAUUGAAACACUGGAAGAACAGGACUAUCUUACCGAUCAUGCAAAGUCUAUCAACACUGUGUUCUGGAUUGGAAUGUUUAAAGACAAAGGAACAACAUGGGCAUGGCUUGGAGGUUCAGCAGUUGGAUCCACAUACUGGUCUUCUGAUGAACCAGGCUCAAAAGAGAAGCACCACUGCGCUGCAAUUAUAUCUGGAACCAGGAGGUUCAGUUGGAAAACAUAUACCUGUGCUACCAAAUUGGCUUCUUGUUGUAAGAAGGAGCCUGAUGACAGGUGGCUGUAAGUGGAUACCUUCAGAUGAAUAAAACGGGAUCCCAUGAUCUCUACACAGAAACAAACCUGCCCCUACCCUUUUUGUUCUCAUGCAGAACCCACACACAGCCACCUAAGUUAUUUUAUUUAUUUGGACUAUGUACUGGGAGUGCGGGGGAAGAUGGCGACCUACUGGAUGCUAAGUCUGGAGCUCCGCUUUCUAUCCGUUUUUAGAGUUCUUAUCUCAAGGCUAAACAACCUGUUUUGCCUCAGCUGAGGAUCUUACACCAACUAUAUUUCUCUCAAGACUCGAAAGGUUGUCUUCCUUGUGUUUUCUUUCCUCCUCCGUCGUUAAUUACUGAGUAAGUAAUUUCGUUAUCUACAAUCAGGGAGGAACCUUCCUAC